AUGGCACACCAAGCACACUCCUACCAUAUAGUUGACCCAAGCCCAUGACCUAUUUUCGGUGCAGCUGCAGCACUACUUACCACCUCUGGCCUAAUCAUAUGAUUCCAUUAUAACUCACACACCCUAUUAACAAUAGGCCUCUUCUCCAUACUCCUAGUUAUACUACAAUGAUGACGAGACGUGGUCCGAGAAGGCACCUUCCAAGGCCACCACACCCCAACCGUCCAGAAAGGCCUUCGUUAUGGCAUGAUCUUAUUCAUUACAUCAGAAGCUUUCUUCUUCCUGGGCUUCUUCUGAGCUUUCUUCCACUCCAGCCUAGCUCCUACCCCAGAACUAGGAGGACAAUGACCACCAACAGGGAUUAAACCUCUCAAUCCUCUUGAAGUCCCUCUCCUAAAUACAGCAAUCCUCCUAGCCUCCGGUGUUACUGUAACAUGAGCCCAUCAUAGCAUCACAGAAGGGAACCGAAAACAAGCCAUUCACGCACUUACCCUUACCAUUAUUCUAGGCUUCUACUUUACUGCCCUUCAAGCCAUAGAAUACCAUGAAGCCUCAUUUUCAAUCGCCGAUAGUGUCUACGGCUCCACCUUCUUUGUUGCUACAGGAUUCCAUGGCUUACACGUCAUCAUCGGCUCAUCCUUCCUAACAGUCUGUCUCCUACGACUAAUCAAAUUCCACUUCACAUCAAACCACCAUUUCGGAUUUGAAGCAGCAGCCUGAUAUUGACACUUCGUAGACAUCAUCUGACUCUUCCUAUAUAUAUCAAUAUACUGAUGAGGAUCCU